GCGCAAUUGCGCUCCUGUCAGGAGAGGUAGGGAGGGAUGACAGCGUGACAGAGUGAGAGAGAAAGGGAGGGAGAGAUCUCCAUUCACCAUUCCACACUGCUCCCCGAACCCCCUUUUUCCCGCUCUCGCUGCCGUGGAGGGAUCUCUUUAAUUGCAUUCCAGAGGAAUUUCUCUUGCAGCUGGUGCUUCGACUGACAGGAACGAGUGGGAAUUGUGAAUGACUCUGACUGGAGGAAGGAGGGAUUUUUGGUAUAAAAAGUGAGAGAAGAGAAAAGAAAAUAAGUUCUUUUGGAAGCGGGGCUCUGCAAGCUUCAACUCUUUUGUCAUUCGUCGCUUGCAGAUAAGGGACGACUCGUCCUCAUUUCUCACACGCUCUUUACUGCAACGGUUUGGCUGUCUGGGGAGCUUGCAAGGCAGUGUAUGUAAAUAAAGCACAGUGUUUCUGUAGGCUAGGCUGACUGCCAGAAAGUGAGAAAGAGACGGCGAGAGAAAGCUCUGAAGGUUUUGCGCUGAGAAGCUCACCCUGACUGGAUCAACAAGUCUGAAGAUAGACAGCUCCUCAAAUCAUCAGCGUGCGCAGGCAAAAUCAGGAGCUGUAUGCGCCAGCAUCGGCGAGAGAGCAUUUAUGAGUGUGUGGUGAAGGAGAGGAAAGUCAGACAACACAGCCUGGAGAAAGACUAGAAGACGGACUAUUCUUCAACGUGCUUUCACUCUGGACGCCUGUAUUCGUAUCCGUGUUUAUCUUGGUCACAGGCUAUGAAUGCAUCAGAAAUCUCCCAAGUGGGAUGUCUCUGUGUGACGUUAUUUUUCUUAACAGAGCAGUCUUUUUCCAGGAUUGGAUUUGGAUCGGAGAAGGGGGAGGACUUGGAUCUUGUGUCUCCAGUAUAAACCCUUUCCCCCCCCUUGUCAUUUCUGCAUGGUUGAAGGACCACUGCCCUGCACACGAAGACAACCGCCUGAGACUUUGUCUCCUCUGUGGUUUCUGGUCUUAAAAGUCUAAUUUGUUUUUGGGGUUUUCUUUUGUCUCGAUGGCUCUGCACUAGUGGAGUGAAGCUUGGCUGAAUUGAUCUUUUGUCUGAAUCUAGGGUUCUUCUCACGGUGCAAAAACCCUACAGCCCCCCACUCCGACCCCUCUGAAAUCCCCUCCUUCUAUCUCUCCCACAUGAGUCCCCUUGUACCCUGCCUCCCUCCACUCCCACACACCACCUCGUCUUCCAUCCACAUGCUGCUACUAUCGCAGAGCAUGUGAGAGUAGUCUGCAUGUGUGCCUCUGUUUGCAUGUGAAGCCAGAAACCGUAAGCCAGGAUUAGGUGCGUGGAGGGUGAUGCAUCGCUGGAUGCAUCUGCAACCGACGGAUUCAGGAUUGGGAGGACCCGAAACCAUUCCUGGGGGAUUCCACAACCGCUUUAUAACCCGGGCAUCUGUGAUUGUGUGUGUGUACAUUUCCCUGACUGUCGGAAGAAGAAAGAGGUGGAUAGAGUCUAGAUAGAUGUCCUGCCAUGUCCGAAGUGUGACCGUGGUGGUGUGAUAUCGGAGCUGGUGACGGCACACUGCAUUUAUCCAGGCUCAUCAUGAAAAAAACGCGCAGCACCACUCUGCGCAGGGCCUGGCCCAGUUCCGAAUUCUCAGACCGGGCCUCUGAGCGCACUCGGUCACGGAGUGAGAAAGACUACCGGCUCCACAAACAUUACCCUAAACACUUCAUCUCGCACUCCCCUAGAGGAUUCAUGAUAACAGGUGAUGUGUCUCCCAUCAGCAUGUCUCCCAUCAGCCAAUCCCAGUUUAUCCCACUGGGAGAAAUCCUGUGCCUGGCCAUUUCUGCCAUGAACUCCGCCCGUAAGACUGUCACGCAAGAGACUCUCAUCGAACACCUAGCAACAUGCUUCCCAGGCGUCCCCACUCCAAGUAUGGAGAUUUUGCGGCACACGCUCAACAUGCUGGUCCGAGAGCGGAAGAUCUACCCCACUCCAGAGGGUUAUUUUAUUGUCACCCAGCAGACAUACUUCAUCACACCUUCCCUCAUUAGGACUAACAGCAAGUGGUACCACCUAGACGAAAGGAUACCAGAACGCAUGCAGCAGCAGCAGCAGCAGCAGCAGCCGUGUACCUCUCCUCAUUCGGGUACAAUGACACCCUCCACAUCCGGAUGUGUCCGGGAAAGAACUCAUCACAAGAACCACAGUGAUUCCUACAACAACAGCUACCGGGAGGACAUGCCUAGCACACAUACCUCAACCUUACAGAGAAGGUCUAAGGAGCAUAAAGAGGUUUCUCCUGUGUCUCCGCCCCCUCAGCAGCCAUCAGAGAAGAGUAAGAGUGCGCUUAGUUUUCCAUUUAAAACAGAGACAAACAGUAAACACAAAGAUGGAAGCAGCAGCAGUGGGGAGAAGCAGUCUAAGAAGUUUGGACUGAAGCUCUUCAGGUUGAGCUUUAAGAAGGACAAGACAAAACAUCUAGCCACGUUUUCCGCCCAGUUCCCACCUGAGGAGUGGCCACUGCGGGACGAGGAGACACCAACCACCGUUCCCAGAGAGGUGGAGAUGGAGAUCAUCCGUCGGAUUAACCCAGAUCUCACGGUGGAGAACCUUGCUCGCCACACAGCAGUAAUGAAACGAUUGGAGGAAGAGAAGGCACAGAGGAACAAAGCGAACUCCUCGGCUCAGCAAAGUGCACGCAGCAAGAGGAGCCGCAGCCAUCGAAAGACCCAGCAGGGCAAGGCCUCACGUUCACAUAGCAAAACACGAGCAUCCAGGGGGGAUCCAUCUGAAGGAUCCAACCUGGACAUAUCCUAUGACCGGGAUUACAGAUUCUACAGCUCCUCAUUGGUACGUUCUCCACGCGAAACCAUGAUGUCCAUGGAGCGGAAUAGGGGGAAGUAUAUGGUUCACAGCAACCCCAAUAUUGUGGAGUCUCACUUUACAACCGCUCCAGAGUGGGAUGUUUCUGGGGAACUGGCAAAGCGGCGGACAGAAAUGCCAUUCCCAGAACCCUCUAGGGCACAGUCACAUUCCAAAGUCCACCGAAGUCAUAGUCAUACACAAGAGAGAAAGUCACGAAAUGAGAGGUCAGACAAGGCCAAAGAAAGGUCACGCUCCAUGGACAACUCCAAGGGACCUCUUGGUGGUCCAUUUUUAGGUGGCCCAGAGGAAUUUGAGUGCAGUCCCGAUGACAGGAAUCGGUACUACACUGACGAUGGUACUUUGAGGGCAUCUGCGCAGGCAACCCACUAUUCCCGCAUUAUGCUCUCUGCUGCUAGAUUACACUCUGACGUUUGUGUGCCUGAUGUUGGGAGAGGAUCCUCAGAGGAUGCUGUGCUUUACCGGACGCUGGAGAAGAGUAAAAGCAGGGAUAGUCUUCCUGCUUACAAUGACCUGAAGUCUUGCUCUCCCAAAACACCUGUGGAUGACUAUUUCCAGUGUACUGCGGCAAAUGAAGUCUCUCUCUCUGCCCCAUCAUCUCUUGUAAAACCCAGCCAUGACUUUACGGAUAGUGUCUGGAAGGGGAUCUCCUCUGACCGACUGACCCCUCAUCUACCACCACCUCACCCUAUAGAAUAUAAAGAGGAGACAGCCAAGGGACAAAGUAGUAUUCCUAUAGCGACAACGAGCCAAACUCCUGAGCAUCUCCCCAAUGGACGAUUGUUACACCAACACAAUCCCGACUCAGGUGACUUGGACAAAAUGCCAGAGGUUUACAGCCAAGAGACUUUGUUUAAACCUCCAGACUACGUGGAGAGCAGCUUCUCAAGGCCAGGUACGAUAGGUAAGUCCCCUCACACCAAGUCAGCAGAGGUCCUGGAGACUCAGGAGCAUUUCGAUAAACCUCUACCACUGACCGUGCCACCAUCCUCGGCUCAGGAGCAGGCUUCAUGUGCAGAAACCACCUUUGACUAUUACAAUGUGUCGGAUGACGAUUCGGAGGAGACAAGUCAUAAGAACCGAGUGGAGGAGAAAGUUCUAGAAGAGGGAGGGACAAUGCAAUGGCUGCUGGAACGUGAGAAGGAGCGGGAUUUGCAGCGGAAGUUUGAGAAGAACCUUACCUUUCUAAGUCCCAAGGAAGGUGAGGGCAACAACAGCCAAAAAUCAGUCCAUUCUACCCGACUGGACAGUAUGGACUCCAGCAGUGUGACUGUGGACAGUGGAUUUAAUUCCCCACGCACACGGGAAAGUCUUGCUUCGAACACCUCGAGUAAUGUGGAAAAUAGCAGGCGUCAGAAUAUGGCUUUGAGUCCAGGACACAUUGGCACCAAAAGACCCCCGCCUCCCUACCAGCCCCCCAGCUUCCGUACCAUCCGUGAGCCGCCCGCCAACCGCACGGAGAAACAGGCCUCCAUCACCAGUGUGUAGUGAUGGGGACUGUUAAACUGAACUUCACCAGGACUGUUACAAUCUUACAGGCUGGACCUUCUGAGCUCGUGUGACGCCUGUUCCAGCUGUAAUUUCAAAUAGAGACAUGUUUCAGAAAAAGCAGUUCACUGGAGGUAUCUUUUACUUUUCUUUUUUUUUUUUUUUUUUUUGAUAUUUGAUAUUUGUAACAAAUACUGCUGCAGACAAACACGUCACUUCAUUAGGACUAAAUUUACGAUGAUCUGCGGUCACAUUUGGGAUAAAAUCCUUGAUCAAACUCAUUUGUAGGUGUCCUUUAUAGCUUAAUGUAUCCACUACGGGUCUUAACUGUCUUCUGAUCCAAACUUGGCUGCGUUGCCUCUGCCUAUUCAUUCAUCGCUGUGUCUAGCGUUUUCAUUCUGUACGCUCAGGUCCCUCUGAACUCUGCUGACUUACUGUCUCAUAUUUGCUGGCCGUAACUUGAAGGCCACGAUAAUCUCCUUGGAAUUCUGAACAAGCUCAUCUGUUUCCACUGGAAUCCUUUUACUGCAUCCUUGUGUAUCGUCCACUGUCCUGAGAUUUUUCUGGGAUGUUUGUAGUUUAUUGAAACUUAACAAAACAUACCACCAUCAAGGCAUUAUUUGUUUAGAAGAAAAUACCAAUUUAAAUAUUACUGGUGCUUUCUCAAUGAAUGGACCGUUAUUCUUUAAAAAAAAAAAAAAAAAAAAAGUUGGAAUCCAUUUUUUUUUCUCUCAAUUUUCUCUUUUAACCAGGUGCUCAACUACUAGACGACACAGAAUACACACAUUGCUACCUCCACUAUUUGUACAGUCGUAGAGGGAGACAAGAGUGACAUCCACCCCCCACCCCAGGUCCGCUGUAUUAGACAAACCACUAUCAGCUUGCAAACUGUGAAUGUACUGCUAGUGCUUUUCAAUCACAUCUCGAUCAUAAAGCGUUAGUAACCUACUGUUCUCAUACUAUUAGAGCCGAAUCUCAUUGUAACAGAGAGGAGACUUGUGUAGAGUUUGGAAUCAUAUAGGACCCAUAUAGAGUGGAUAAUUUAGAACUUCAUAUCUCUGAUAUGUCCAUUGUUGUUAUUAUGUUUUAUAAUAACAUAUACUAUUAUUAUUUGUUAUUAUGAUUACUAUUAUUAUUAUUCCAAUUACUUUUUUCAGUUCUUUUAGUUCACAAAUUCAUGGAAUAGAACAAUAUUUCACUGAUUCUUGAGAUGUGGGGCAAAACAUGUCAAUUUUAUCUGGUGAAUAGUUUUGAAAAAUUAUUUAAAGAAUAUAUAAUGUAAUACCACUAAUGUAAAAAAGAUUUGUUUAUUCAGCAAGGAUUAAAUUGAUAAAAAGUGACAAUAGAAAUGUAUAAUAGUACAAAACAUUUCUGUUUCAAAUAAGCAGUACAACUUUUUAAACGAUAUUAAAGGUACACUAUGUAACUUUUUUUUGUUCAAAAUUAACAACAGUUAAAUUAGUCAAUACAUCAUCAAACCUUCUUCCAAAACGUGUUUUCAUGAGAAAUUGUGUACAUGUCACUCGCCCGCACGUGUCUCAUCAUAUCUGUAAGUAGAGAAAAGUUUCUCUGCUACUUUGAAGCAAGUAUGGUGUGGAAGUGGCAAAGGCUAUAGUUGUCACAACAAGCAAGAAAGUUUGACAUGGAGCAGCUAAAUCUCCCAAACAGACAAAUAUGACAGCUCGUAAUAAAACGAGAAUCGACAUUGGCUUGGCUUUUCGGAGAUGGUGACAACUGAGGGAUUUGAAAUGUGGUAAAAGUGAUGCGGAGAUGCCGUUAUUAUUAAUAGUGCUGAUUUGCCAACCACUAUUAAUAUAUUAAUGUAUAGCAUUUUUAUAUAUAUUACACAAAUUCCCCAUAUAAAUGUGUGUGUGUGUAUAUAUAUAUAUAUACAAUCAUUGGAUUGAUUUUAAUAACUUCAAUGUACUUGAAGUCUGCACCAAGCAACUAGGAAUAUACAAAUAUCGGAUUGGGACUCGGAAUAGGCAGCUGCUCGAUAUUCAAUGAUUUGGAUCGGAUUGGGGUCACGAAAAAUUUGAUCAGAUCAUAGUUUUUAUUAAUCAAAAGGCAAGUAAGUUAUUUUUCUGAACAGAUAAAUUGCCAUGAACUUCAUUCAUUUUUAUUUCAUUAUAAAGAAUUAUCUAUUGUGAAGGGUCAUAUUCAUCCGCUCACUCAGAGCCGAAGCGCAAACAAAACAUGUUUUGCACAAACAAAAAAUUUACAUGGUGUACCUUUAAGAAAUGUUUUUUUUUUGAGCACCAAAUCAGCAUAUUAGAAUGACUUCUGAAGGAUAAUGUGACACUGAAUUGUAAUAUUACACAAUAUUACACUUUUUAUUAUAUAUAAAAUUAAUGUAGGUAAUAAUACUUAUUCCCUGACCAUAAUUCGCCAUCUUACAGAUUGUAAUAAAAUUGUUUGGGAUAGUUUUAGAUCAUUUCCUAUAGAGUCCUAGUAGCAACAGCAAAAAAAAAAUAAAGUGGCUACUGCAAUUAAAACUUGUGUGGUUGUUUUGUCAACAAAAUAUGGUUAUGAUAGUGUCAUUUUCUUCCUUCUUAAAGUUAAAUGCUAGAUUUGUCUAUUUUUAAUUCAUAUUUGCCAUUAAUCAUUUCAAAUAUGUAUCAUAAAUACUGACAAAUCUAGCAAAUCAUGUUGCAUCAUGACAGUACACAUUUUAUAACUGACAGUAUUGACCUGUGAAUGAGUUAUAUAUAAAUGAUUUAUAAAACAGCAACCAAGCCAAAGUAAAUGCCUCUGAACAUAUGCAAGUUAAUACAAAAUAAUUAUUUGAGGUAUAAAAUUUUGUUCUGUGUCCUGUUUUGUCCCAGUAUUCAAGAAUCAGUGACUUACGUUUUUAAAUAACUUAUUUAAUAAGUCUGAAAGAAUAGAUUUUUUUCUUUUGUGAAAUGAUGUUCACUGCUCCAUUUAGUGAACGUCUGUCAUAUUUCGUCAGAGUACGAGUCCCCUCAUGAGUUCUAGAGGACUGUAAAAUGUCACGCUCUCGAAUAAAAGGAUAAACUGCAGCCAGGACUACCUUGUUAUACCAUUUUUGCACUAAUGCCUGUUCUCUGGUGACUGUAAAAAGAAAAAGGAAAAAAUCAUCCGAAUGGAUGUUCUGUUUAUAAUGAACAUAUUUCAUACGAAAUACUGAUAGUCCAUGAAAUGUCUUCCCUAAACAUGAUGGAUUUCUUAUGGUUCUCAAUAACAUUGUUCCUUAUUGUGACAUUAUGUCAUUCUGUAAGAGAUGGCUAUCUGUCAAGCUAAGUAUAAAAACCUACAAGGGGGAUUUUUUUUGGUAAAGUCUAUAAAUUAAAAAAAAAAUCCCCAUUUGUGUAGUUGUGCUGUUAAAUGUUUUAGUGUACUAAAUCCCUCCCUUGGGGAUUGUGUAACUUUUUAAGACAAUAAAAUAACAUGACAUGUUUAUAACUGUGUAA